AUAUUUAAUGUAGAACACAAACAAUGGAGAAUUUGAAGAUGAGGGACAUCAUCACGAUCAUGAUGAGGAGGGGUAUGCUGCCUCAGACAAUGAGGAUGAGAGCUUGUUUGUCCAACAUGCACCAGCGAGGAACAUUACAUCCACUACAAAGAAUCAUGAUUCCCAUUGCAGUGACAAUGAAAAUCUUGUAAUCUUCUCAUCUUUCCUAUAUACUUCCUAUUUUGAUUUCCAUGUUCAUAUAUGCAUUGAUCAGGCUAUCCUAAAUGCACCAUUUGCAUCAGGUUGGAAACGAUGUGAUACUAUAUGAUAUUUUGCGAUCUGAUCUCCCUGUGGCCAAAGCAACUGUUAUCUCAACUAAUCCAAACACCGCGCUGGGAGGUCAGCCCCUUGGACGCCAAUUUUGUGAAGUAGUUGUGAAUGUUGUGCUGAAAAGGGAUGCAAUGUUGCCCCGUCCAUAUGCUGAUAUGGAGAUGAUGGCUGAUACUCUAUCGAUGUCGAUUGCAUGGCCAUACAAGAAAAUGAAGAUGACCAGGAAGGCAUCAAAUCCAUGCCGCGGUAUUGCAAAAACAAUUACACCUGGCAGUGUUGGACGGUGCUAACUACCACUUUUGAGCUCAACACGGCAAACUACUACUAAACGCAUGGUUCUUGGCUUUUGGACUAUGAGGUGUCAAUGUAAAAUGGGAGCUUUUGGUUGAAAAUGUUUCAUUUUGUCUUUUGAGCAAGUAUGUAUAUAUGUUGGAUCACUCUGGUAUAUUUCUAGUUGAAUCUUAACUGUGUAAUAUGAGCUUUUGGUUCAAAAUAUAUGUG